AUGUUGGACCAUUUCUCGAUCUUUACGCGCGGCGGGCUGGUCCUCUGGACGUUCCAGAUGACGGCCAUGAAAGGCUCGCCGAUCGACGCGCUGAUUCAAAACUGCCUGCUGCAGGAGCGGUCCGGCGAGAAGACGUUCCAGUACAACGCCAAGGACCAGUCGGCUUAUACGUUAAAGUGGUCCUUCCAUAACGAGUUAGGUUUGGUGUUUGUCGCGGUGUAUCAGCGUAUGCUCCAGCUGCUUUAUGUGGAUGAUCUGUUAACGGCUGUUAGGGAUGAGUUUGCGGAUGGACACUACGAUCCGAAGAAAACGACUUACCCGGAUUUCGACGACGUUUUUAAACAGCUGCUUCGUGAAUCUGAACAGCAUGCGAACGAGUUGAAGCGGCCGAAGCAGGUUACCAAUUUCGGCGAGACGAAAAAGGGUAAAGGCAUGAAUAAGGCCACGGGAGCGGGGAAAGGGAAAGGAACAGGAGCCAAUCAGAGGAAGGGAGGCGUGGCGAAAGAUGGCGGAGACAGUGGGAGCGACGAUACCGGCGAUGAGGACGGAGCGGCUAACAGCGAGGCCGAGCAGCCAGCUAGCCGUCCCAGCAGCAGCUCCGCCGUCUCCUCCGCCGGCGCGUUUGACGUCUCGAAGCUGCGUAACCGCGCGAACCGCAGCAAGCAGGCUUCGGCGAAGAAAACCGGUAACGGGCUUUUCGAUUUCCCCCUGAAUCCCGCAAAGGGCAUCGGGAAAUCCGACGGAAAAACUGACGGAAGCGCGUCGGAAAGCGAGUCGAAGAAACCGAAGAAGCAGAUGAGGAAGUGGGAUAACGACGGGCCGGCUCUGGAGCGGCAGGACUUCUCGGAAGCUUCGGAUCAUGACACUGACGUGGAGGUUGUCGACGUGGCAAAGGUGGGGAAGAGCAUGAUGGACCGAGAGGCUGAGCUGGAGGAAGAGGAGGAUGCGGAGUGGGGGGCGGAGGACGAGGAUGAGGAGUCGGAGGAGGAAGGGGGGACGGAGCGGAAGGGGUCGCGCAGACACGUGGGCCGCGGGGAUGAUGGCGGUGAGGGGAAGAAGACCGGCUGGCUUGCUUCGGUUUUCCAGAGCGUGGUGGGCAAGGCGUCGCUGGAGCUGGCGGACAUAGAGCCGUCGCUCAAGGUGCUCAAGGACAGACUCAUGACCAAGAACGUGGCGGAGGAGAUAGCGGAGAAGCUGUGCCGUUCAGUGGCGUCGAGCCUGGUGGGCAGCAAGCACGCGUCCUUCACGCGCAUCUCCUCCACCGUGCAGGCCGCCAUGGAGGACGCCCUCACGCGCAUCCUCACGCCCAAACGCUCCAUCGACAUUCUGAGAGAUGUACAGGCUGCCAAGGAAGCAAACCGUCCCUACGUGGUGGUGUUUGUGGGGGUGAACGGGGUGGGCAAGUCCACCAACCUGGCCAAGGUGGCCUACUGGCUGUCACAGCACGACAUCAAGGUGAUGGUGGCGGCGUGCGACACCUUCCGAGCUGGGGCGGUGGAGCAGCUUCGAACUCAUGCUAGGAGGCUGCAGAUCCCUCUGUUUGAGCGGGGGUACGAGAAGGACCCGGCGGUGGUGGCAAAGGAGGCGAUCAGGGAGGCGACGCGCACCAAGAUGGAUGCAGUGCUGGUGGACACGGCGGGACGCAUGCAGGACAACGAGCCCCUCAUGCGGGCGCUCUCCAAACUGAUUAACAUCAACGAGCCUGACCUGGUUCUGUUUGUGGGGGAGGCACUGGUGGGCAACGAUGCAGUGGAUCAGCUGACCAAGUUCAACCAGCGCCUGGCUGAUCUCUCCUCAGCGCCCACUCCCCAUGCCAUUGACGGCAUUUUACUCACCAAGUUUGACACUAUUGAUGAUAAGAUGUACACUGACCUGCGCCGCCUCAAUGUGAAGCACAUUAUCCGUGCGCUGCUGCAGUAG